AUGUUAAUUAUUGGCAACCCAAAGAAAAAUAAGGUGAGGGCACAGCAGCGGAUGCAUGACACAGCACAGCAUGCUGCUGCACGGGCUGACCCGGAGGUGAGGGCGCUCCAGCAGCAGCGGAACACAGCACAGCAUGCCGCUGCACGUGCUGAUCCGGCGGUGAGGGCGCUCCAGCAGCAGCGGAACACAGCACAGCAUGCGGCUGCACGUGCUGAUCCGGAGGUGAGGGUGCUCCAGCAGCAGCGGAACACAGCACAGCAUGCGGCUGCACACGCUGACCCGGAGGUGAGGGCACAGCAGCGGAUGCAUGACACAGCACAGCAUGCUGCUGCACGGGCUGACCCGGAGGUGAGGGCGCUCCAGCAGCAGCGGAACACAGCACAGCAUGCCGCUGCACGUGCUGAUCCGGCGGUGAGGGUGCUCCAGCAGCAGCGGAACACAGCACAGCAUGCCGCUGCAUGUGCUGAUCCGGAGGUGAGGGCGCUCCAGCAGCAGCGGAACACAGCACAGCAUGCGGCUGCACGUGCUGACCCGGAGGUAAGGGUGCUUCAGCAGCAGCGGAACACAGCACGGCAUGCAGCUGCACGCCAGGUGCAGCAGCAGAAUCAGCAGGCCACUCCUAAGGAUACCCUCUUGGCUCGCAUGCACCGCCUCCUGCGGUUCGCGAACCUUCAUGGUGAUGACGCCAUUGAUUUGCCCGAGUUUCUGUUGGCACUUCCAGAGGGCCACGUGCAGGACCUUCCUGGCGAGGUGUGCUCGGAGGACCAGUCGACGGUGCUGCACUGGAUGGAGAUUCCCAAUGUUGACAUUUUACGUGCAGACGUCAUGUGUACGGACGCUGUGCAGCGCUGGGGGCAUACUCUGGUGUGGCGGCGGAUGGCGUGUACAGCUCAGGGAGACGCACCACCGCCACCUGACCCAGUCCUGCCUGCUCGGUAUCGUGUUAGCCGGGCUGAGCGGGAUGGUGCUGUGGAUGAGGACGGCGGCAGUGGAGCAGGCAGGCUGGUAGAUGAUGCAGCGGAAGGAGCAUUAGAGGUGGAUGGGGAUGCUCCGGGAACCGGCGGUUCAGAGUCAGCGACGACUGAGCAGCAGCCGCCUGAUCAGCUUCCAUCGGAUCAACAGCCGCGCCCCCCGCGGGUGCUGCCCAGAGCCUGUCUGGACGACCCCUCCAGUGUUGAGGUGCCGUAUUGCAUGCGUCUGGAGCCGGACCUGCCCAACCGCACUAUGCUGGUUGGUGAUGGCGCUACAGAACGCAUCUUCGUAUGCAACAUCUGCCACAAGGCCCUGAGCGCUCGGCGAGUCCCCGAAGCUGCACUGGCGCGCCUGGACCCUGGUGAUGUGCCGCGCGUCAAUCAUCUGGGUGACCCUCUGCCGUCCCCCACUUUCUUGGAGGGGCAGCUUCUGGGCCGCGGCCGCAUCGUCCAGCAGUUGCUCAUCAUGUACCUGGCAGACCGACCGCCGGACGUCUUCCCGCGUGCUGUAAAGACUCACGGCAUUGGGGUCGUAAAUCCUGACCCGAAUAUGCUGCGAGCACAGCUGCCGGCGCGGGCAUCUGACCUGGCCGGCGCUAUCACAGUUGUCUGUGUCGACCAGGUUCGCAGCCGGGCGGAGCUGCUAGAACGCAUGCGAAAGGCGCCAGGUCUUCAGGUGCGAGGACAGGUCAUCGUCGCCUGGGUCCGUUUUUUGCAGCACAACGAUGAGGAGGAGCUGGCUAUUGAUGAGGAUGCUCUGCAGGAGUACGAGCGCAUGGGCUGUGCUGCAGGCGUGCCGGACGAAAUCUUGCAUGCCGCCCUUGCACCAACGGAUCCGGAGGUGGCGAACGUUCUCCGCACCACCUUCCUGCACGACCGCACGGCUGCGGCACCUGACGUGGAUACUGCAGGACCCGUGCAACCUACGCUGGCGGAUCCGACCCCGAAUGCAGGACAGAACCCUGGGCCGGGGCCAUUCACCGCCAUCCUGCGGGAACCUGCCGACCAGCCAGCUGAAGGUGCGCCAGUCGAUCCGGCAGCUGCCACUCUGGACGAGCUGGAGCUGAUCCUGCCACAGCCGUCGAAUGUGGGUGAUGAUGGCAGCGAAAUUGACCGCUUCCCGGGCCGAGUGGAGGACCUUCUGACUGGCCGCGCACGGCUUGCGUUUGCGGCUGGUGGCCGUGACAGCCACGUGCUGGAUGACCGUCAUCCCGCCAUCCUUACCCUUUGCUUCCCCCAGUCCUUCCCGUACGGCUUUUCUGGUCAGCGCCCCCGCGGCAUGUCUUUUCCGGCGUAUUGUCGCCACCUGCUGCACCGCGUGCCGCGGACACAAUUCGGCGGCAAUCUCAUGCUGCUGGCACGCAUGUACGACAUCUGCGUGCGCCAUGAAAGCAUGGUGCAAGUGGGCAUCACCAUGAACAUGCGGCCGCAUCUUGGCAAACCAGCGGCGUGUGUGCCGCGUGAUGUAAUCCGUGCUAUGGGCACCAUACUGGCGCUGCCGUAUUGGCACUCGCAGCGGCGGCAGCUGCUUGCGCAGCAGUCGCCGCUGGUUAAGGCGCUGGUGGAGGGGGCCCGCCUCAGUACUCUGCGUCUCGACCUCACAGACGCGUAUUACAACGGUGCCCGAUCCAAGAUGCGUGCAGCCGCCCUCACCAUUGGCUGGCCCCCGCUGUUCUUCACCAUAAAUCCGGCAGAUAUGCAUGCAGCCUGUGCAGUCGUGGCCUCCGGACAGGUGUUGGACUUCGACAAUGAUGGACGACCGCAACAUAUCCCGAGCACGGUGGAGAAGUGGCGGCGUGUGAAGGAUGACCCGUACAGUUGCGCCGCCCUGCUGGUGGCCACCAAGGAGGUUCUGGUGGAGGAGCUCUUCGGCUUCGCGCCGGGCGCCAUGCAGCAGACAAACCCGCGCUGCUUCUGUGGGCUCACAUUUGAGGUGGCGGUCAAGGUGGAGCAGAGCGGCCGCCUCGCCCUGCACAUCCAUGGUGUUGCGCAUGUGGCCACGUUCGCAGUCGAGCGCCUUCAGGCGCUGUUCAGUGGACCCAACUGCCGAGCGCUGGCCCUGGCAUACGCCCUGUGCGCCAUGUGGUAUCCCUCGCCGUACUAUGACCCUUUCGUCCACGGUGCAGAACACUACGUCAUGGACAUGACCGUCGAAGAGGUCCAGCAGCAUGGCCGUGCGCCUCCGCCCGUUGACAAGUCCUGCCCGCCUGCAGCAUACGAUUUUGGCAGGCUGGCCGGCUGUGCAGCGACACGGCUGCCGUGGCACAUUGAUAGCUGUGGCAUGGCAUUCCCUCGUGUCCUGCGCAGCGCCUUCCAGUGGAUUGGCACCGGCGGCCUCUUCCUUCUGCCGCGAUUGGGCCCGAACAUUGUACCGCACAUGCCAGCUGCAGCGCUGGCAUUUGGGUGCAACCAGCUGUUUAGUCUGGCGUGCGAGGUGGAUCGCGUCUACACGGCAGAGGCAGCAGCACAACUGGCCCGCCCUGAAGAUGAACGGGGGGACUGUGUGCUGCUGCAGCCUGCUGCUGACCGCGCCCGCGAUGCUGCCUACUACAGCACGAAGUACACUGGCAAGAGCAUCAACGACAGCCAGGCGCAGCUGACAUGCAACGCUCUUACCCGAGUGCAGGAUUUCCUGCUAGCUGGAAGGACGCCGAAUCCGGGUGCCAGUGGGCCCACCGCGUUUGGCAACAUGUGCGCCACUGUGCAUCGCAUGACCGCUUCCAUUACGGCUGGUAUGGCGCUUGUCGCCAUGAAGCUAGAUGGUCAUUCCACCUUCGAGGCGACAUUCGACUGCGCAUACCUGCAGGUAGACGCGUUCACAGCGCUAUCUGCGGGCGCCGAGCAAUCUCCUGAGGCGGCGACCACAGCGGCAGUACUGGUGGAGGCUGAGGAGCAGGAGGGCUACACGGUGACCAACGCUGUGCAUAACUACGUGCUGCGGGGGGAAGAACUCAGCGGCCUGGACUGCAGUGUGUACAACAUAGCCUCCAACUACGAGGUCCGACGUGUGCUGCCAGCUCAGCACCCGCACCGAGAGCGAUUGGGUCUACAGAUCCCGGUGGCAGCUCGACGCCGCAAGCGCACUACCCCAGCCACACCCAUAACCGCCCCUGUGCCUGCCCCUGUGCCUCUGCUGACUGCAGCCCCGGCCCCUCCUCCUGAGCCACCUGCUCCUACAGCUGCAGCGACACUCGACCAGCCAACGUCUCAGACGGCCACGGAGCUGCCCCGCCUGGUGGCCUUCCACGGCACACAUCCGCUCUACAGAACACAUGUCCACGUCCGCCUGCCACGGCCGCGCUAUGUACAGCUUGGAGGCUCUCUUCCCCGCCGGCCCCGCCCUGGCACCUCUGCUGCGGGCAUGGCGCAGUACUAUGCGUUUGUCCUGGGUACUUUCAAAGCUCACCGGGGUCAGCCCAUCCCCCCCGGGCUGACUGUAAAGGAAGCCUACGACACCUGGUGGGCAGAGCUGGGCACUACCGAGGCAGGUCGCUCGUACCAGGCGUAUGUAUCGGUGCUGCUGGACAACAUCGAAGAGGACCACGCUGGGAAAGCCCGCCGUCAGGCGGAGUACAACCAGCGGCGCCGCCAGCAGCGUGCGGCAGCGGCAGCAGCGGUGCGGCCUGAAGGUGACAGCACGAGCGCUUCAGAUGGAGAUGCCGAUGACGGCGUCCGCGGGCAUCUCAGGCCUGAUCCUGAAACACAGCCGCCCGCCGAGGACCAGCUGGAGCACUUCGUGUACAUCCCAGGUCAGGAGUAUCCGACGGCUGGCACCGACCUCGCCGCCGUCGCUCUUACGGACCUGUUUGACUGCACCAACGCUGCUGGCGUGUAUGCCUAUGAUGCAGCACGGCGCUGCCGAGCCCCGGCCCUAGCGGACGGCCAUGGUGCACGCAGCAAUCGUUUCAGCCGUCGGAUCACGCCAGCGGACCUGCCCCUCCUGACUGAAGCGACCAAGCGUCUGAAGCGGUAUCUCGUUGCAGCAGCAGCCGGGACUGUUGAGGCAGAUGGGGGCGCCCACACGGGACUGACGGCCACACCUGAGAUGGACACCCCUCAUGUCGAGCUGCACCGCCCCACCAGCGGACCCCUGGUCGCCAUCGUGCGCAUGCCUGGCACUCCUGAGCGGACUGAACAGGCUCGCAUGCCCAUCUAUGUGCACCUCCCCCAGCCGCCCAGCAUCGACGACACCAUUGAGCUGUUCACGCUUGCCCCCCACCAGGCCGUGCCCUUCAUGCUCAUGGCUCGGUACUUCGAUCAUCGCGAUGAGCCCAACCCUGGCGACCCGCCGCAGAUGCUUGUGGAGGGCAAGCCCGGUACCGGAAAGAGCCAGUUCGUACAAGCGCUCCUGUGGUACACCUUCCAGCAUGGCUGUCCGCACUGGGCGGCCACCUGCGCCUACUCAUGGGCUGCUGCAACUGCCUUCAGCACGCCGGUGCAUCGCAGCCUCUCUACCCACGCCAUGUUUGCCCUAUCUGCUGGCAGCAACCGAGUGGACAGCGUCAGGAAAGGCAGCGCAGCCAGCCUACAGGUGCAUCGGAAUGUCGGCGAUGGUGCACUCAUUAUUGACGAGAUCGGCAUGAACAGCCUGGACCACCUGGGUGCGUGCAACCAGUCCUGCACUCGUCACCUGUUGCCGCCACCGCAUCUCGCCGGCGACCACCCCGCCGCCACCAUCUUCAGCGGCCGUCCCAGUGCCAACACGGGCGACGAGUUCCAGCACCCGAAGCCAGGUGGCCCGCCCCUCUACCGGUACGCCGCUGCUGUGGAAUGCAACCCUCAGUUCUCGCCCUCUGUCCCAACCGCGCAACCUCUGCACGGAGAGGAGGACAACGAUGACGACCCUAAUGAGGCCGCCGCUGGAUCUCAAGGCGGUCAGCAGCAACCCGAAGCAGCAGCACACCGGCCCCGGGCCGUCCCACAGACGCAUAGCUGCAUACUUGAGGGCUUCCGGGUUUACCGAUCCCUGGCUAAGACGGUCUUCUUGCUGGAGAAGCAGCAGCGCCAGGACAGCAGCCCCUCUGGUCGUCGCCUGACAGAGUAUGCCUCUAUGUUCGGCGGUGAGCCAGCCACCGAGCAGCGCAUAGCCGAGAUGGUCGACGACCUUAACAGCCGCGCCAUCGUCGACUUGGCCGACCUGGCACACCUCGAGCCGCGCGUCGUGCUGCAGAGGAACGAACCACGCCACACACUCAAUACCCGGCUCAUCAUGCUGGAGGCACAGCGCAAGAAUCAGCGCCUUGUGGUGUGGAAUGUGGACCACGUCCCUGUCCAGAAGCGUGGUGCUGCUGCGGAACCGGCCCUGACACACGUGGAGAAAGCAGUUGCGAUGCGGAUCAAGGAUCACGAGUUUGGCCACACCACCGCCGACACGUGGUACUACCAUGGCGCCCGAUACAUCCUCCUUGAUACAACUGCUGCCGAUGCCGGAGCGAGCCACAACAACGAGGUGGAAGCCUGCGGCCUGCUUGAGGAUGGCCGCGAGCCAGCAGAUGACAGCCGUGGCCCCUAUCGCCGGCUCAAGUACCUUCCAGCGGCCGUCAUUGUGCGGCCUAUAAGCGGCCACAUCCCCGGCACCGUGCUGCAGGGCCUUGCAGACUACGCCAGCAGGGGUGGUGCCUUCAUCCUGUCACCCCGGGCAUCUUGCAUUGCCGAGGUCGACAUGCCUGCCGCCGGGUACGGCACCAUCACAAAGCAGAUCCGGCGCCUCAACGUACCGCUCGGCGACCGCCAGGCGGUCACCGAUUACUUCGUGCAAGGCCGCAGCUUCAAAGACGACGCGAUUCGCACAGCUCUAAACACGCAAUUCGACGCGCAAUUCAACGUACAAUUAGCCGCGGAAUUCAACGCGCACUUUAGCGCAUAA